AUGGCAUCAACUCUCACAGGUCUUGUCGCCACUAGCACGCCAGUUGAGCACGUCAAGGUCAUUGCCUUUAACCGGCCGGAAAAGAGAAACGCGCUCUCACAGGCCCUCAUUGAUGAGUUAUUGCAGGAACUCUCGGCUGCCUCCAAGGACGACAGCGUCCACGCCAUAGUCAUUACUGGGAACCAAUCCUUCUUCUCGGCUGGCGCCGAUAUCAAGGAGAUAUCCGCCAUCGAUACAGAAACAGCACAGCGGCGCAGAUACCUCGAAGACCUCUGCAAUGGCCUCGGGGCGGUACGAAAACCACUAAUCGCCGCGGUCGAGGGCAUGGCGCUUGGCGGGGGGUUCGAGGUUGCACUCGCGUGCGAUAUCAUUACAGCGUCCACAGAGGCCUACUUUGGUCUGCCCGAGGUCAAAAUUGGGCUGAUUCCCGGCGCUGGCGGUACCCAGCGACUGACCAACAUUGUCGGCAAAUACAAGGCCAUGCACAUGAUCCUGUUUGGGUCUUCCAUCACCAGCGAGGAAGCCAAAGCUCAAGGCUUGGUGUCUGAGAUUUAUCCUGCCGGGUCCGUCUUGGAAAACACUCUCAAGCUUGCUGGGCAGCUGGCACAGCUCAGUCCUGGCGCACUCUCGCUCGCUAAAGAGGCGAUUCGUCGAAGUAUGUUUGAGUUUCUCUUGCCCUUGGGUUCCACACACAAUGCUAAUCAGAAACUUUCUAUUGGUGCAGGCGAUGACAAAGGUCGUGAUGAUGAGUUUGAGCGGAGCCUAUACUACUCUGCCUUUAGCUCGUCGCACAAAAUCGAGGGUAUUGCAGCGUUCCUGGAGAAGCGACCACCAAAAUGGGCUUGA